CUUUCGUGCUUCCCUCCUGACGUUAUCCUGUGUCUCAAUUUAGCCCUACUCCUCUGCAACCACAACAAUCUCUUUCUCAUUUCUCUCUGUCUCUUUCUCUCUCUCGCGAGCUCUCUUAUUGUAAGUUUCUCCUUUUUAUAACUUCUCUCUUUGAAAACCUGAUCUUAGGGGAAUCUCUUUCUGAUCUCCCGGAGAGCCUUUGAUUAUUCGCAACUGUCUCAUCUCAAUUUUGUGCGCCAAAGGAAGUUUCAUACGUAAUCACAAACUUGUCUGUUUCUUUUUUUUUCCCCCUCACGAUAUUUAUAGAAGAGUGUAUUUUGGAUGGUAUUUUGUCCGAUCUCGAGUUCUUCGAACCCUAAACGAUAUAGAAAUCCUCCAAAUUGAUUUGAUUUCCUACGAAUUUACGCCUCGACCCAACAGGUGUACUGAAAUUAUACAUUUCGGACCCAUUUUUCCCAUAAUUUAUCUUCAUUUGCAUCCCUUGUGGCCGAUCUGUGAGCUGAGAGAAAAUGGUGGGCGGUGGAAGCAGGAGAGACGAGGGUUCAAUAGUGAUCAACAACACCAACGUGUUUGCAGCGCUCGAGACUCUGCGAAAGAAGAAGAAAUCCGAUAAGGACCGCAAGAGCAGCAAAGGCUCUUCCAAAGCUCAAUCCGCCUCGGCGGCAGCCCAGCCAGAGCCCCAGGUAUUCUGGGCCCCGGCCCCUUUGAAUGCUAAAUCGUGGGCCGAUGUUGACGAUGAAGAUGAUGACGACUACUAUGCUACUGCCGCCCCACCCCAGGCGGUCUGGGGUGCGCCGGAUCAGCAUGAGCAGCAGGAUAAGGAGCAGGCGAGCCAUUUAGAGGAUAGUGAGAGUGAAGAAGAUAUUCUCGAUGAAGGCGAUGAUGAUGAUGUAGAGGACGAGCAUGAACGUGAACAAGAGCUUCCUGUACACCCAGAACAAGUGGUGAAGAAACCCUUUGAAGUUUCUGAGCGACCCAAGGAAGCAGAGAGGCAGCUUUCAAAAAAAGAAAGAAAGAAGAAGGAGCUUGCAGAACUUGAGGCCCUUUUGGCUGAUUUUGCAGUUACCCAGAAAGAGAGUAAUGGUCAAGAUGAGUCAAGUGGUGUUGCACAAGAUAAGAAAGAUGGGGAGCCUAAUGCAGAUGGGGAGAAGAAGGAAAAUGUCUCCGCUGAGUCCAAAAGUGCCAAGAAGAAGAAAAAGAAGGAUAAAACUUCCAAGGAGGGUAAAGAAGCCCAUGAUCAGCCGAACAACUCAGAUGCAACCAAUGGGCAAGAUGAAGCUGCUGGUGCUGAACAGACAGAGGAGGAUGCAUCUGCUGUUGAUGUGAAGGAGCGACUAAAGAAGAUGGCAUCUAUGAAGAAGAAGAAAUCUAGUAAAGAGAUGGAUGCUGCUGCCAAAGCUGCUGCUCAAGAGGCUGCUGCAAGGAGUGCAAGACUUGCUGCAGCAAAAAAGAAAGAGAAGAACCAUUACAACCAGCAGCCAUUGCGGUGAAUAUGAUUUUGACAGACUGAGCUUCAACAUCUAUAUAGAUACAUUUAUCUCUCAAUGUUCAGAUGACAAUCCGAAAUAAACUCGGCUCUGGUUUUGCGAAAGAUAACUUCUUGUUGUAAUGCCAUGGACCUAAGGAGAUUUCUCUCUCUUUUGGCUUUUUUGAUCUUAUUGUUGGUCAUUUCAUUGCGGCAGUUUUGGUCCUUGGAAUAUUCUUCCUUCGAAACGCGAAAGUAGUUCUACUUGAUAGCUGUGUAUUUUUGUAGUGUUA